AUGACCGACGCAGUUGCUACUCAACUCCAAGACCUUCCACUCCUUGUCACAGCCGAGUCUUGUAUUGGUAGAACGUAUAUAGUCACUGGAGCUAAUACGGGGCUUGGUUACGAGGCAGCCAAACAUCUUGUAGCCCUCGGGGCUGCGAGAGUCAUUCUGGCAGUGCGUAAUUUGACCGCGGGUAAGACUGCCUUGGCCAACAUUGUGAAGGAAACUGGGAAGGAGGAAAAUGCUGAAGUUUGGGCUCUCGAUCUUUCCAGCUAUGACUCUGUCAAAGCAUUUGCCAGUAAAGCAAUUGCGAAGCUGGAUCGCAUUGACGCAGUGAUUGAAAACGCUGCUGUUGCCACCGACCAUGACAAGGCUGAGGGACGUUCUUUGUGCCUAACAGUUAAUGUUUUCGGCACAUUUUUGCUGGGGGUAUUGCUUUUCUCUAAACUGAGAGAAAGUGCACGAGCGUUUGGCAUAACUCCUCAUUUAACUAUCGUCACUAGUGGCACAGCCUUUGAUAUUCAGGCGAAAUGGAACGAGUUGAGGGAUGACCCGCUGGUGAAGAUGGAUAAAGAGGAUAUCGGAAGGGCAAUAUACCCUCUCAGCAAGCUUUUGGAGGUUUUAUUUGUGCGCCAGCUUGCCAGCUUGGUUCCUGUUUCUCGGAGCGGAGUUGUGAUUAACCUUGUUAAUCCCGGCUUGUGCAAGACGGAACUCUCCCGAAAUGCAUCACCAGAAUUCCGGCAACAGCUUGCAAAACUGCACGCAAGCUACGGACGCACUGCGGAGGUUGGAAGCAGAACACUUCUGCAUGGUGCUGUUGGAGGAAAAGAAAGCCAUGGAUGUUAUCUUUCAUCCUGUGAGAUUGCUGAAUACAAAGUACCUUCAUGGGUGACGGAUGAGGCAGGGAAGAAAACACAGGAAUUGGUUUGGAGCGCCAUCGCCGAAGAACUGGAGUUGAUCUCACCGGGAUGUAUGGAAUUUGUUGAAGAAGAGUAG